AUGAGCGACCCAACAAACCCACAUAUCAAAGAGCGCACCACACCUCAAUGGGGUCUCUACCAGAGAGAGAACUUCUGGAAACAGAACGAAGGAACAACACCACUCUUCAAUACGGAUCCUCGAAAAAUGGAAGAAAGAGCCAAAGAAAAGCUGAGCGAGGGCGGCUGGUACUACGCCUCCUCAAACGCAGGAAUGUCAAACACCCACCUCGCAAACCGACAAGCCUUCUACCGCCACCGACUAAUCCCAAACCAACUAAUCGACACCAACAACCGCUCAACAACAACAACGAUCUUCGACCACAAAGUCUCCGCCCCAAUCGGCUUCGCUCCAAUCGGAAUAAACAAAAUCUACCAUCCAACCGGCGAAGCCGCCGUCUCAAAAGUCGCCAACGAGCUCAACCUCCCCUACUGCCUCUCCACAGCAGGCAGCACAUCAAUUGAAAAAGUAGCCGCCGCAAACGGACCUUCAGGAACACGAUUCUUCCAACUGUACAUGCCACACGACGACGAGCUAACCGUCUCACUUCUAACACGGGCCUGGGAAAACGGCUUCGAUGCACUGAUUCUCACGACGGAUACAUGGCAGCUCGGAUGGCGACAUGACGAUGUUGCGUCAUCGAACUAUGCAUUCUACCGCGGCUUCGGUGCUGAUUUGGGUCUUACGGACCCUGUUUUCCGGAAGAGAUGUGUUGCGGACGGGAUCGAUCCUGAUGUUGAUAUUGUUGCUGCUUCGACUAAGUGGAUUGAUUCUGUUUGGCAUGGACGUGCUUGGUCGUGGGAGAAGAUCCCUUGGUUGAUGGAGACUUGGAGGGGGAUUAGUGGGGGACGACCGUUUGUUAUUAAGGGGAUUCAGUCUGUUGGUGAUGUGAGGAGGUGUGUUGGGCUUGGGGUUGAGGGGAUUGUUGGGGCGAGUGAUAUUGUUAAGGCGUUGGCACUUGGGGCAAGGUUUGUGUUUAUUGGACGGCUUUGGAUUUGGGGGUUGAGUAUUCAGGGUGAGGAUGGGGUUCGACAUGUUAUGAAGUCGUUGUUGGCGGAUUUGGAUAUUUUGAUGGGCGUUGCUGGGUUCAAUGGGGUUGAGGAUUUCAAUCGGGAUAUUCUUGAGUCGGAUCCGAAGAAUUAUACGCUCAUACCACAGAAGACUUUGUGA